AUGGCGGACGACGAAAUGGAUUUUUCCACAAACGAACAACAAAAAGAGUGUAGUUCAAACACUAAUGUCGCUGAAAGUGACCAGGAAGAGAAAAUGGAUGAAAAUUUAGAUGAUUCGGAUGAUUCCAGUGACAGCGAAGAAGCAGAAAGUGCCGAAGUAACAGCUCUGCGGCAAUUUGUAAGUGGGAAUAUAAUCGAAUGACUCGAUGACAAUACUUUGAAGUUUGACCCACGUGUUAAUAAUUCACCUUCAUAUAUUUCGUAUUUGUGUAUAAUAUAAUAAAAUCUGAAUGUUUAAAUAAUUUUAAAGUGGUUUAAUAAAAACAUUUCCAGUUACUAUUAUAAAGCAUGCAAAUAGACUGAAAUUAAUAUAGUAAACAUUUUAAUGAUUUUAUAUAGACUGAUAGACAUUUCACUAUUUCAGUGUUUCACAUAUUUCGGUGUGAGCAUUAAAAUUUUCUUUAUGUAGACACAUGGGAUGAGCAAUAUGGUUUUCAUGAAUAUUUGAAAUUCUCGUUUUGCGAGCGGAAAAAAAUUAAAUUUCCAUUGAUGGGAUUUUGAAUGUAAAAACUGAACUCUUUCCAUUAUUGAUUAUGCAUUUACAGUUAUAGAUUUCCCAUAUAGUAAAUUAGUAAAAACCAUGAUGGCCGUAUAAAGUAUUUGGGCAGGUGCAUGAUAUAUACGUCAGGCGUGCGAUUAAAAAACGGUAGAAAUUACGCUUAUUGGCUAUACAGACUAGAAUAACAUUCACAAAACUGAGUAAAAAUUUAUGUAGAACAAAACAAUUUUAACAUUGGAGUUUAGACGAAAUUAGUCUAUACUAAUUUCGUCUAAACUCCAAUGUUAAAAUUGUUUUGUUCUACAUAAAUUUUUACUCAGGUACUAUAUAAAAUGUUUGUACCAGUGAGUACGUGUGUUUACAAUAUUUACAAAGUCAUUGUACUUUAAACAUCAAUGAAAAUCCCAACAUCGCUGUCCUCUGACUUGCUUUUCAACUAGCUUGACGAAUCAUCGUUAUCGUCAAUGGUUAUUUCAUGGUUGUCGUCAAUCAGUGGCGUAACGUUAUAUCAGGGGGCCCCCGGUUCAAAAUUUUCGAAGGCCCCCCUAGUAGAAGUGCCAAAGGCACGAGUCGAGCGCCAUAUAUACAGAAGUUUUCUAGGGGGUCCAGAGCAUGCUCAGCUGGAAAAUUUUUGAAUCUGGACUCUCUGAAAUGCUAUUUCCUGGACUUUGGGGAGAGAUUUUACGGAAUUCUGAUGGUAAUAAAACGACAUUGUAACAUAUCAGAGGCCCUGACCAAUGUUUUUGCUCUAUCGCCUAAGCCUGGGGGCCCCCAUUUAGGUUGGGGGCCCCCGGGUUCUCCCGGUCUGAGCCCAUGGUAGUUACGCCACUGUCGUCAAUAUUAAAAGGCGCAUCUCCAGGAAUCAAGGCGCGCGUGCGCAUGCCUUAAACGGCCAGGCUUGAUGGAAAUCUAUGAAACAUAUUGCAAGGGCCGCAGGGUCAAUUCCUGCCAGGGAUCUAAAGUUACAUUUUUCGCUUCAGAAUCUGUUCCUGGUUAGAUCUAAUAAAUGUAUAAAGUUUACACUCGAUAAUCUCCAUCUACAAUGCCCUUCAACUUGAAAUCUAUAAUUUUAAUAAUGGUUUUUACAAUGACUGCACAGUAUACAAUGGUAAAUCUUUAAAAACAAUUCAAAAACCCAUUAAUUGAAAUUUUAAUAUUUUUUCUUGUGUGGGGCAGCUGUUGAAUUUAUAAGCAGGGCCAGCUAUCGAAGGCCAGUACAGUGAAGACUUACUCUCGAUUUCAAUUUGCUUUUCAAAAGUGACUUCCAAUGUUUACUUGUAAAUUCGGAAUGUUCGUUGUAAAGUUCCGAAGUUUGUUUCGAAGUUCGUUCCGAUGAUAAUCAAGUUUAGUAAGUUGUAAUUGGCUUAAGUGAACCAGCCAAUCAAAUCGCUUGCUAUUGAAUCAUCGUAAAUCAUCGUAACGAACUUCGAAACAAACUUCGGAACUUUACAACGAACAUUCCCGAAUUUACAAGUAAACAUUGGAAGUCAGUUUUGAAAAGCAAAUUGAAAUCGAGAGUAAAAUUGCAGUUAUUGCACAAGUUGAGUGACCAGCCUCUACAUUUUGUUGCCCACAGCAUGGAUAUAUUCUACUUUGGUGUUGAAUUAUUUGUGUUUCUAUGGAUUUUGUGGCCUACAAUAAAAAUUUGCUACAAGAUUGUCAACAAAUCCGGCCCUGCUGACGGCCUGUUUCUACAAGAUUUAGCACUUUACUGUUACCAGUGCGCAGGUCGUGCAGAAGCGGGUUCGCCUUAUCCAAAAUGUCACAUUUUAGUAACCCCCUAAGCUAGAUAAACAGUAGAUUAACCCAUUGAGUGGCAACACUCUCCCCCUAAUGAGUAAAAUCGUCUGGCUUUAGAUAGAGUAAAAUAACAAAGUAGGGCACAUCUGGGUCCAUUGCCACUUAAAAACGUUAAUCUUUGUUAUGAUUACAGUUGGAAAGCUCUCCAUUCCAUUAUGAAAGUCACCUUAAAUUGAUUCAAGCAUUACGUGACAUUGGUGACUUGGAUAAAACGAGACAGGCAAGAGAAACUAUGAGCAAGAUGUUCCCUCUAACAGCAGGUACAUUAUUUAAUACCUACCCUAUCAGUAAUCUGUAUUUUGUCACCAAAUAUUUAACCUAAUUUAAUAUGCUAAACUAAUGACGCCAUGUCUAGCGAAAUGAACCUGGAUGGAUGGAUGUAUCUUCCCCUAAUGUUAUGAAAAUCUAUUUUCUGUAGAAUUGUGGUUAGAGUGGAUUCAAGAUGAGAUGCCAUUAGCCUGUAUUACCGAACAGAAAGCUUACAUUCGUGAUUUGUUUGAGAAAGCUGUUAAAGACUACCAAUGUAUGUAAACCCUAAUCUUAAUCUAAACUAAGGCAAAAAGUAUUCUGUUUCUGGUCAGUGCUGACCAGAAACAGAAUACUAAUCAAUAGGAUAUUCAGCUGUCUUAUAUUACCGUACCUACUUUGCCUAGACUACAAUAUUUAUAUCUCAAUCUGCAACAAUUGUGAUAUUAGUUUCCUAACUGUUUAUCCUAGCCCAUCCUGUCAACCUUCCCUGUGGGAGGAACCAAAGCACCCGGAGAAAACCCACAACUUUCAGCAGAGUGUUGAUCAUACUGUGUAGACUCUUUUCACAUCAGUCAGUAGCGAGAAUCAAACCCUCAAUCUCAGGGGUGAAAGGCACUUGUUCUGAUCGUGACUGCACCUCCAAAGCCCCACAAGAAAGCUUAGUAAAAUAACACAGUAAAACCACCAAUAAAACCAUCUGUUUCAGCUGUCAAAUUAUGGACAGAGUAUUGUCAAUAUGUCCUGGAUAAUAUGGAAGGCGAAGAUGGAUUAAAAGAUGCAAGGGAUGUUUUCGAGAGAGCCAUCACUUCUGUUGGACUUCACUUGACUGAGGUUUGCUGUAAACACCAUGAUCAGAUUUGUUUUGAUAAUAUGGACAGUAUUACUCAGGCCUAGAAUAUAUAUCUUUUCUUGGCAGCAAAAUCCAAAAAUAUAACUUUCCUACAAUCAUGGACAAAAUCACUCGGACGAACACAUUCAAUAUGUACAAAGAGUGUUGUACAAUCUCUAAAAUAUCCUCCGAAAAUCCGUCCUCACCUGGUACAAUGUUGGUGAACACUCUCAGGCAUGACUAUUGUAUAACCUUGUUGACAUUUGAGACAGCAACAUUGUACCAGGGGGGAUGCAACCAUUUUAUAGAUGAAAGCGUCCAUGAUAUGUAAUCAUCAGCCGUAAAGAAACAGUGUCCGAGUGUUUUUUGCCCAGGAUUGCAUGUAAUUGUAUGGGGUUCAGAGAAUGUAUGCUGCCGCACAUUCAAACUUGGCACAAGACAAUCUCGACAUGCAAAACAAUUUUUGAAUUUUAAACAAUAAGUAAAUUAUAUGGCAUUCUAGUAUAUAAGAUGACAAGAAUUUCCUGUGAGGAUAUUUUGUUCAAAAUAUCUUGGCGGCGGUGCUGCUGGUUUUGCAGGAUAUUUUCCAGCACUGUAGUUCCUGUAGAAGAAAAAUCAUUUACAGGCUGUCCUAAAUUACGGUAACCAAACCUGGGUCACCGCCGUGUUACCGCAAACUUUGUUUUGCUGUAACCUAAUUUGGUUUCCCCAAAGUCAUGUAAGUCCGUAAUCUCUUAAUUCUAUAAUUAAUAACUUUGUUAACAGUUAAUAUUUAAAUUUUCCUUACGCGUUCUGUGAUCGAAUUAGGUUACUUUACAAUUCAUUUGGACAUAUAAAAUAUUAAAUUGUAAGUUCUUCUGACAAGUUUUUGUCAAUUGGUAAACCCAGGUUACCCAAUUUGGUUUCUGCCGCAAGUAAUUUUGGACAGCUUGAUAAAAUAUUCUAAAUCUAUAGGGUGUGUCAGUUUGGGAUGGAUAUCGAGAAUUUGAAAUGACAUUAUACGACUCGUAUCAGGUAUGGCCUGAGCUUUACAGUACGGUUUUGAAUUCUUUGCGAAUGGAAAUGUUGUGUGGUUUGAUAUUUGCUGUGUUGGUGUAAUGUAUACUCAGGUGAAUAAGAUGUUUGUGUGAUGUUACUCUGAGUGUAUAUCCACACCGGGCAGGCUUGAAAAAUAUGCCUGGCCACGGUGGGAAUCGAACCUACGACCUUCGGAAUACUAGCUCAAUGCUCUGACAACUACCACACUGUUGUGUGGUUUUCUAACAAAAUGCAAGUACGCAGAUAGCGACGGUACUGACUGCGUACCUACUGCACAUGGUACAUGUCUGAAGACAACAAAGAUAACGGACCGUAAUAUUGGCGUACCUCCGGUACAUAAGUGAAUGUGAAUAAGUGAAUUAUCGACCAAUUUGGGUGUUACUGUCUUAGCAACGUGUAAUGAUGUUUUAUUUCUAAUAAUGUAAACUAGAAUUGUGGAUUAAACAGGAAUUUGCUAAAUGCAUCAAAGCAAGGCCGUACACACAAGCAGGUGUUUUUCUCUCUUACUAUAGACAAUGGCUGAAGGUUCAGACUCGCCACAAGUUCAGCAAAAAUUGUAAGUCUCAUGCCACUAGUGUACCCAACAACAUUUAGUUUUUGCCUGCAGUUGCGCAGAUUGGCCUUAAAAGUCAAGGAAUUCUACUUAAAAGUCAGCCAGAUUGUAACAAAGAAUUGGAAACACCCCCUCCUCCCUUAUGUAACAUGGCCCUAUCAAAUAUUUUGUGGUCAAAGGUGUUUAUUUUGUGACUAACAAGAAGACUUUUGCAGCAGAAUAAACUUUAAUCGGAACUUUUUUAGGUACUGUAUACAGUAGCUCCACCGCAAACCAUUUUAUCGUAGGAUUGAUUUUUUUAGGGAACAACAAAAAGAUGUGGUCAAAACCAUUUUUAGAAGAGAAAUCUCCGUGCCCUUAAUUGGUAAAUAACUUUAUUAAUUUGUACAAAUAUUUUCAAUGUUUUAAGUCAACAAUACAUGUACAUUCGUACAUAUAUACAUACUAAAACACGCUUAAAUAAGAUUGGGAAUUUUAGGGGGUUGUUUAUAUGAACCGGACCAGCCCAGCUAGCUAUUCUGAAAUUAAGAGAUUGUUUGAAUGAGCUUUAUACUAUUACUGGAAUCAAACUACACACGUAAAAACGCACAAGUUGUAACAAAUCUGCAGCAGACUUGUAUAGCAAUUGCUGUUCCAACAACUUGUCAACAGGAUGUGUUCGCACUGCUUGUUCCAGGUUGUUGACAAGUUGUCAACGGCUUCUUGACAACUUGCUACAAGGUUGUUGAGCUCAACAGACUUGUUACUGCAAGUUGUUCCAACAACUUGUUAUCAUCCUGCAAUUCAACAAUUUGUCAACAAGUUGUGAGUGACAACCUUGUAGCAACUUGAUAAAAUAACAGCAUUGUUACAACUUGUUGAUAAGCUUGCUACAAGCCUGUUGCGAACACAUCUUGUUGACAAGUUGUGAGAUUUUACGUGUGUAAGAUAAUUUAAUUUUGAAAUGUCAUUUUGAAUGUUUAUCAAAGCCGUGAUAAGAGCUUUAUUGAACGAAUCUCGGUUAACCGGGCCUGCCCAGUUUCAUAUGAACAGCCCCAAGUGCAUAAAAUAAUUUGAAAUUCUUCAAUUUAACCAGGAAUGCAGGCCGUGUUUCGUGAAUACGAGGAGUGGCUUGGGGACGAGAAAAUGCUUGAAUAUGUAACGAGAGGUUUCGCCAGAGCGGAAACAAAGCUUGAGGACUGUUUACCAUAUGAAGAGGCAUUGGUAAAUUACGUCAUUUGUAUUUUUUGAAGUAUUGAGCUUUAUAUCUAACUGACAAAUACUGUGCUCACUCAGUUAAUUGAUUGGGAUGAUAUUGAGGACAAAGGUGAUUGCAUGAUUAAUUGAUUGUUGUUACUGAGGUCUAAUACACGCUAGGUUACUAAUACACGCUUUUGGUAAGUACUUCACCUUGGUUAUAGAGCUUUUAUUCCGGGCUCAGCUACUCUGAUUCUUGUCCUCCAUUUUUUUUCUGUCUCCUGUCAUGUUCACUGUCAGUUCUUUGAUAUUGAAAUUUUUCUUUCUGUUUAUUGAGUUUUCUUUGGUCUUCCUCACUCUCUUUUCGUCUAUUUCCAGCUUCAUAUAGUCUUCUGACUAGCUCUCAUUAAUUUCUUAUUCUUCUGUGUCCAUAUCAUCUCAAAUCUUUGCAUCCUUUAUCUUCUUUGCAAUGUCUGCAACCUCACAUCUUCUGAUCUCUUUAUUCCAUAAUGUCUCCGGCUCUCCUUCACUGUGGUCCAGUACUAUCUCAAACCUUGCUACACUCACCUUCUCUAUCUGCCACCUCACAUCUUCUGAUCUCCUCAUUCCAUAAUGUUUCUACCGGCUCUCCUUCACUCUGGUCCAGUAGUGUCUCAAACCUUGCUACCCUCACCUUCUCUGAAAUGUCUGCCACCUCGCAUCUUCUGAUCUCCUCAUUCCAUAAUGUUUCUAACCAGCUCUUCUUCACUCUAGUCCAGUACUAUUUCAAACCUUGCUAUCUUUACCUUCUCUGAAAUGUCUACCACCUCACAUCUUCUGAUCUCCUCAUUCCAUAAUGUUUCUACCGGCUCUCCUUCACUCUGGUCCAGUACUGUCUCAAACCUUGCUACCCUCACCUUCUCUGAAAUGUCUGCCACCUCGCAUUUUCUGAUCUCCUCAUUCCAUAAUAUAUCUAACCAGCUCUUCUUCACUCUAGUCCAGUGCUAUUUCAAACCUUGCUACCUUUACCUUCUCUGAAAUGUCUGCCACCUCACAUCUUCUGAUCUCCUCAUUCCAUAAUGUUUCUACCGGCUCUCCUUCACUCUGGUCCAGUACUAUCUCAAACCUUGCUUCCCUCACCUUCUCUGAAAUGUCUGCCACCACGCAUUUUCUGAUCUCCUCAUUCCAUAAUAUAUCUAACCAGCUCUUCUUCACUCUAGUCCAGUGCUAUUUCAAACCUUGCUACCUUUACCUUCUCGGAAAUGUCUGCCACCUCACAUCUUCUGAUCUCCUCAUUCCAUACUAUCUCUUAAAAAAGUACAAUGCAGUUUGAUCAUUUGAUAGGUUCAUAUUUGCACUCAUUUCAUCCCAUUUCUCCAUAGAACAUUAUAUUUAGCAUUCUCCAUUGUUUAGACCUCGGCUUCGUCACCCAGACUUGAAGAAUAUCGCUCGUACAUUGCAUAUGAAAUGAAAGAGAAUGACUUGGCUCGAGUGCAGUGUCUCUACGAGAGAGCAAUGGUUGAGAACUGUCUUAAUUCAGAGUUUUGGAUGGAAUAUACUAAUUAUAUGGUAAGAAAAUGAAGGCUUUAGAAACUCGUAUGUUUUUCUGGGGACAAUUUUCUUUUUUUUUUUCCAAAGCAACAUAGCAUCAUCCUUUACAAGUCAUUCUUCAUUUAACUUUGGUCUAAUUUCCAUGCAAUUCUAGGAUACAAAACUUAAUAUUGCUGACGUGGUAUUACCAGUACAUGAACGGGCAGUUCGAAAUUGCACUUGGGUCGUCGCAUUGUGGUGCAAUUAUAUGAAAGCUAUGGUAUGUAAAUUUAUAUAGUAUGAGAUAUGGGCAAGGAUCAGGAGUUUAGGCAUCUACACUCGAUAUAACUAAUUGUAGAAGGCCUAAGCCUCGUGUUAAUAGUAUAUUUUGUGUUUAUUGUAUAGACCAUAGUAAGACUUUUUUUAAACGUCAAACGACAUUUCGGAGAUUUACUCCAUCUUCUGUUAGUUAAGAUUACAAUUUGAAUUGUUUUCCUGAAGAUGGAGUAAAUCUCCGAAACGUCGUUUGUUAAUGGAAUAAACGCAUUUAAAAAAAGUCUUACUCCUCUUACUGUGGUCUAUAUAUUGAACACAAAAUAGUAUAUAUAUAUAUAUAUAUAUACUAAGGUGAUGCCAGUGUAAGACCAUGGAUAAUAAAAUAAAUGGAUAGGAAACUAGCUGACGUGACCUAAUGUUUUCAAUGGGCUGAUGGCGUGGUUGGAUGUUCAAACCUAGUUGCAAACCAAAUUCUCAAAAACAGCAUGUUUAGCAAUAAUACGUACAGCGAAACAUUUUAGUCAAAGAGCAAAUAAAUAAAGCUACGCCAUUCUACGAUGAAAUCUCUAUGUAUUCCCAGUCAAUUUUAGCAAAUAGUUCAAGCACUAAACAGUGCCGUAGCUACAAAUGUAAAAAAAUACAAAACAAAGACGAAAAACAUUUACCUUGAAUACUUAAUUUGUCGUGGCUUAGGCAUGUUUAUAAAACAAUUAGACCAGUUUAUGCUUCAAUAUUACUCUUUUAAAGCGGAAAAUAUAGCGAAACAACAAAAAUGCUGAGAACUUUGGCAAUACGCGUGACGUCACAGAUUGCAACUAGGUUUAGACUGGACGUCAGGAAGUUUCCUAUCCAGUUAUUUCACAAUCCAUGGUAAGACAAUGCCAAUGUAAGGUACACUCGAUAUAAGAAAUUCUAGCAGGGUUUUGUCCAGAUGAGCAGAUCAGUUACGGAAAAUGCAAGGCCGCAGCUUCGAUUCCUGCCAGCGGGCAUGUAGUUGCAUUUUUUGCAACUGUUCCUUGUUGGCUGUAAAACAUCUGCAUUAUUCACUUUAUAUUUACUUACACCUACAGGAGCGCACUGCAAGAGGUCAUGAAAAAGUUCAAGGUAUUUUAUUCAGGAAUAUUCACUUGAUAACUAGCAGUUGACUGAACCAUCUACUGCAUGAUAGUGCUUGGUGAACCUAUCUGCGGCGGAUUUACUGCGGGGGAGGGGUGUGCGUAUUCCACCUAGUGGCGUCUAGACUCUCCUAGAGAAAUCCAGCACCACCCCAACCUCGUACUCAGGGUCUUUCCUCUUGGGGAGCAAAGACCCUGGUAGACGCUGGUCACGUGAUCUGCUAAAAUCUAGCAGAUUUUUAAUUAGCAAUCCAAGAUCAGGUCAAUAAACAUUUGACAUUUUGAUACAUUCAAUAAACAUAUCAUAAUAUAUAAUUUGCAUUUUGUAUGAUUGUCGUAAAGAAAACCAAGAUAGUUAAUUAGAAAUCUGCUAGAUUUUAGCAGAUCACGUGACCAGCGUCUACCAGGGUACGUCUGCUCCCCAAGAGGAAAGUCCCUGGGUACGAGGUUGGCACCACCCUAUAUAUCCGCCCCUGUAUGUAAACAGAAAAACGACGUUUACCAUAGGUUUAGUACAUCAGAAAGUAGUGUGUGUGUGUUGUAUUUUUAGAAAUUUUUGAGCGAGGUCUGUCGGCGGUCCUGUCAAAUCCUAACGAUUCAGUGUCACUCUGGUGUUGUUUCUUGGAAUAUCUGAGAAGACGUGUCGAGGACUGGAAACAAGGUUAGUGUUUGAAAUUUCGAACAACAUUUAAAAAAUUAGGCAGUCCAGCCUGGGAACGGUGUUGCAUUGGACUAGCAAACCAAAGCUCCCGGGUUCGAUUCCAACCGUAGUUAAACAAUUUUCCCGCUUGCCUGUAGUAGGGCCACUGACUCAACCCUGGAAAAACCUUGUUUGUAGCCUGCGUAGCAGCCGCCCUUUUCUCCGCCCGCGCGCCGUUCUCCCGCCUGCAAGUCCUUACCCAAAAAACCGGCUGGUACGCUGGCUACCUUGUUUGAAAAGCUUUGUCUUUGUUUCUUACGUCAAAGCAAACGCCCAAAGUUUAGAAUAACUUGGAAUUAUUAAUUUAUAUUUAAUUUAGAAAGUAAGGAGAGGGAGGAGUUGAUGAAAGCUUUUGGAGAUGCUACAGAGUAUUUAGACACAAGUAUGUAUGUAUUGGACUAGUAUCGCAAAGGUCGCGGGUUCGAUUCCCACCGUGGUCAGGCAAACUUUUCAGCUUGCCCGGUUUGCCCGAUGCGAAUACACACUCAGAGUAACAUCAGAAACAUUUACUGUACAUAAUGUUAAAUCGAAUCGAACCUACGACCUUUGCAAUCGAACCUACGACCUUUGGAAUAUAUUGGGCUAGUAUGCCAAAGGUCGUAGGUUCGAUUCCCACCGUGGCCGGGCAUAUUUUUAAAGCUUACCCAGUGUGGAUAUACACUCAGAGUAACAUCACAAUUCACAAACAUCAUAUUCACCUGAGAACAUUACACCAACACAGAAAAUUCAUGGUUAGUUACACAAUGGGAAUCACAAUAGUUAAUGAAUGUCCAUACGAAUAUAAGCGCACCCGCCCUCCCCCUCCCUCCUUUCCGUGUAUCAGCCCACCACAUUCAUUCACUAUAUACAGUAUACUAACAUCCAGGCCAUUCCGAAUAUACUGUAAGUCCCACAGAAUAUAAACCACUACGUGUAUAAGCCCAUGGGCUUAUUAUUGGACAGGUAUUUAUUAACGCAGCGACGGGGAUUCCAACAGCUCAGACAAGUGACAAUGAUUACAUUACAGAUUUACAGUAUUACAACAUGUUAAGCAACUUGUUCUAACCAACAGGUGCAAUAAAUAUUAUUACUAACACCAAAUGUCGUCCGUUUAUAACUCCCCCAUAUAUACCCCCCCCCCCUCCCUCAUGUUUAAGUCCAUCAAAAAAUGCUUACGAGCAAAUAGAAGCUGAAGGCUUAUUUUCGGAGGUUUACAGUAUUACCUGCAGUUAUCUGAUUGUAAUUUCGUCUCAUUCACAUGUGAAAAGAAUGCUUUCAGUUUGACUGUACCAAAUGAAACAUCGUGGGUUUCUUAAUUUAUCUGUGUCUUAAUAGAUUAUGGAAAAAAUGCGGACACCCAAGCUCUCAUAAUAAGAUACAAGGCUUAUAUUGAGGUAAGCCAAGCACUAAGCAUAAGUGGCUGUUGAUUUAGUUUGUAUGUAUGUAGGAAUUUUAGGUAGUGCCAGUCUGCCAGUAACAGGGAGUUUAAGAUUCCGACAACGAACAACGAGUACGGAAUACGGUUGGAAGCUCGCUUUCGCAUUGCUUUAACUGAGGCUGACAAAAUUUACAUGUCCCCAGAGCAUACUUUUCACCGUAGCGACCUUGACUACAGCGUAAGAAUCACAUUCUUGUGUUGUAAAACAAGAACAUAGCACCGAAACUGACUACGCAACGUUGCAGGUUGGAGAGUAUUUUUUAUAAAGAAAUUAUGAAAAUUAGAAGAUGAAACUUACCGAACACAAAACCAUGCACAUAAAAAAUAUCUGGGAUGAAUUUGUUAUGACAAGCAUUUAGUAUUUGCAUAUACUGUACAUAUACAAAAACUAUUUCAAACGUAGUUGGUAGUUCGUCGUCAAGAUCUUAAACUCCGUAAUAGGAAAGCUUCGGAUUGAUAGGGGUGCAACUACCUGAAAAAUACAAGGAGAACUUCGACGUUUCGAGUGAAGACCCUUCGAGUACCAGGUGAUCUUGAUACGCGGAAAAGUACUGGCACUAGUUGUCAAAUAGAAAUCCAUUUUAUGAUUAAAACAACUGAAUAUCUCCUGUAAUAUACUUUAUUUCGAUUCCAUAUUUUUGUCAGAGCUAUAGUUCUCAUAAGCAAACAUAAUUACAAAAUGUCAACUAGUUUCAUAAAGAAUAACGAAAGAUAUAAUUGACUGAAUACAUCAAAAUGGAUUUCUAUUCGGACAACCCUUUCUGAGCGCUGAUUGGCUAAAAUACGAACACGAGAUCACUUGGUAGUUGGCUAGUAACUUUCCCAUUUCCGACGAAUCACCUUCGCUCUUCUCGUCGAAGUUCUCCUUGUAUUUUUUAGGUAGUUGUAUCCCUAUCAAUCCACAGCUUCUUCAGAAUUUUUAAAUGUAAUUUUUAAUCAAUCAGGCAACAAAAUUGGACAAUGUAACCGGAGCAAAGAAAAUCUGGGAUUCAGUCAUGUCAUCUCACACUCGUGAAGCGGAGUUUUGGCUGGAAUACAUUCGAUUGUUGAGGUUUGUGGCAACUGUGCUCCAUUUGUUGAACAUGGACCUCAAGGGAGAGCAGUUUGGACAGAACGUAAUGAUUUUCUUUUUAACUUUCAGGCAAGUAAACGACAGUAACGGUUGCAGGAAAGUUUUUAUUCGAGCAAUUCAAACAUCAAAUGAUAAUCCAGAAUUGUUGUGUGAGUUGUACCUGAAGUUUGAGAAAGAAGAAGGUGGGUAUUUUGAUGGUGGUAAGGGGGGUGAUGAUGGUGGUGAUGAUGGAGGUGGUGGGUGAUGGUGUGCUGGUGGUGAUGAUGAUGGUAGUUGUGAUUAUGAUGAUGAUGUUGGUGGUGAUGGUGUGCUGGUGGUGAUGGUGUGGGAUGGUGAUGAUGAUGGUGGUAAUGAUGGUGGUUGUGAUGAUGAUGUGCUGAUGGUGUGUUGGUGGUGAUGGUGUGCUGUUGGUAAUGAUGUGCUGGUGGUGAUGGUGUCCUUGUGUUGAUGGUGUCCUGGUGGUGAUGGUUUCCUGGUGGUGAUGGGGUGCUGGUGAUGAUGGGGUGCUGGUGAUGAUGGUGUCCUGGUGGUGAUGGUGUGCUGGUGGUGAUGGUGUGCUGGUGUCGAUGGUGUGCUGGUGGUGAUGGUGUGCUGGUGGUGAUGGUGUGCUGGUGGUGAUGGUGUGCUGGUGGUGAUGGUGUCCUGGUGGUGCUGGUGGUGAUGGUGUCCUGGUGUUGAUGGUGUCCUGGUGUUGAUGGUUUCCUGGUGGUGAUGGUGUGCUGGUGGUGAUGGUGUGCUGGUGGUGAUGGUGUGCUGGUGGUGAUGGUGUGCUGGUGGUGAUGGUGUCCUGGUGGUGGUGAUGGUGUCCUGGUGUUGAUGGUGUCCUGGUGUUGAUGGUUUCCUGGUGGUGAUGGUGUGCUGGUGGUGAUGGUGUCCUGGUGUUGAUGGUUUCCUGGUGGUGAUGGUGUGCUGGUGGUGAUGGUGUGCUGGUGGUGCUGGUGGUGAUGGUGUCCUGGUGGUGCUGGUCUGCUGGUGCUGAUGGUGUGCUGGUGUGCUGGUGGUGAUGGUGUGGGAUGGUGAUGAUGAUGGUGGUGAUGUAGUGAUGAUGUUGGUGGUGAUGAUUGUGGUGGUGAUAAUGGUGGCUCUAACGAUAAUGAUGGUGAUGGUGGUGAUAAUAGUAAUAAUGGUGGUUAUAAGUGUGAUGAUAGUGGUAGUAAUGGUUGUAAUCAUGAUGGUAAGAAUUAUAAUCACAAUGAUGGUAAUGGUAAUAUAUUUUUCCAGGUUCUCUGAGUGAUCUAGAUACAGCGGUCACCAAAUGUUCUGCAAGGUUGAAACGAGCAUUGGAACAAAAAACAAGGGUUUGUUAUGUCUAUACGUACACAAAUAUAUAUUCUACUUUCCCUCUGCGUAAGCUAACCAAGCAUAUUGUAUUUCAUCAGGAAUACGAGAAAGCAGAAAGCGCUCGUCUGGCCGAGGAAGAAGCGAACGCGAAGAAAGAGCAACACAAGGCUCAGAAACGUGCUCAGAAGAAGGCAGAAAUAAAAUCAAAAAUGGAAAAAACUAAAAGAAAAGUAAGACGCCUUUUAUUGAUGAGUUCCUGUAAUAGUCUGAUUUUAAUUUUGCGCCAGUCACAUUUGGGAUGAAUGCUACCUGUUUACACCCAAGAAAGACCUGCACACGUAAAAACGCACAACUUGUUACAAUCUGCAAACAAGUUGUUACAAAUCUGUUCACAAGCUGUGGACAAGUUGUCUUCGCACUGCUUGUUCCCAGUUGUUGUAACAAGCUCGAUGGCAUUAUCAGACUUGUCGCAAGGUUGUUCUAAAAGUCUGAUAAACAAGAAUGUUACAAGGUUGACGACACAAGGUUGUAACAAUACUGCUAUAUCAUGACUGUAUCGGACUUGUCGGAUCAGCCUUGUAACAAGCCUGAUAAUAUCAACAAGGUUGUUACAAAUUGUUAACAGCUUGUUCCAAACUUGGGACAAGCAAUGCGAACACAACUUGUUGACGGCUUGAUGGCAGACUUGCUACAAGAUGUGAGAUUUGUACGCGUGUAGGGUGUGGCGUUUAAUCGUGUCAUAGACACUUUAAGUUAGAUUAUAAAUUAUUAGCUUACGAAAUUCUUUUACAGCAUGAAAAAGACGAUGAAAGAGACAAAGAGGGUGGAGAACCAGAACCCAAACGACCUUUUGGUAAUUCACAAAUCUAUUUAUAUCCUCUAGGGAAAUCGUAUCAUAUGAACAAGCAGGGGUGGAUGUUUAGACUAUAGAAUAAUGCAUUUUUAGCCAAUCGGAGACACCUUAUUUUCAAAAUUUUCUUGGGUGGGGCAUGCAUCCAGACCCCCUAGUGGUUUCCCCCUCCCCAAGUAGUAUAUAUAGUUUUAUGUUAUAUUCUUUAAAGUAUUAUUAAGAUUCACAGUGUACUGAAAUAUUUUUUGUUAGAAUAUAGUAUGACAUUCAAAUUUGACAACUUGUUAGUGUUACACAGUUACAGUGUCCAAGUGUCGAUUUACUUGAUUAUUCACAGAAGAUAUUUCAAAGAACCUCUUGCGGUCCCAGAAAGUAAUAUGCUUUCCACCUUUGUGAACAAGAGAAAACUGUAGUUGAGCAAAUGCUAAUGAACGAUAUUUCGUCUUGGCGUAUAGUUUCGACGGAGGAGCAGUCGACAAAAUCCAAAGAGCAAGAUGUAAAGGAAACAUCUACAGAGAAAAUUCACGACAGGUGAGGAACUUCUCGUUUUAGAGACUCGUUUUUCAACCGAAUUUCGUCCCAUUCAUAUCAUUGAUUGUAUCUCUAUUUCCUCUUGAAGGUUAAUUUCAUACACUUUUCAUGUUAAUAUUUGUUCAAAUACCAAGUGACCCCAAAAAAUGUAAUUUCAUGUCACGUAAAAGCUAUCGCAAUGAAAUGACGAUCAUUACAUUCAGAAAGGACUAACUUAAAUUUUGAUAUACAACAUUUGAAUCGAAUGCAGUAUUGACUGCGCUACUGAUGUUUGGACAUUGAACUACUAUUUUUGAAAAUGUCAAAAAUUAUCAUAAAACAACCUUAUAAUUACCGAUGUAUAGUUAUACUUGUUAAAUAAUAAAUAUUUCUAUUUUGGUUGUAUCUCGCUCAGUAUUGCAUGUAAAUUCAAGUGCCAUACAUCAAAGUCUAAGUUAGUCCUUUCUGAAUCCAAUGAUCUUUAUUUCAUUGCCAUAGCUUUUAUAACUUUUACGUUACAUGAAAUUAAAAAGUGUCCAGUUUUUUGGGUUUUUUUUUUGGGGGGGGGGGGACACCCAGUAGUAUAUCAGUGUGUUAAUGUGCGUUUGUGCCCCUAAAUAUGUUAUAAAUAUUGUUGUCUUUCUCGGAUUGGUCUUAAUAUGGGAUUCUUGUCCUGUUAAAUACACUUUCAACCUUUUCCCCUUCAUCUAUGUAUAUAUUCUUAAAUUUAAUAUCUAUUUGUUGAUGUAUAAAAGGUUAAAUAAUAAAAUAAUAAUAAUCAACCCUAGAUUAUUCACCGCAACUUGUUGUCUGUUUCAGAUCCAAAGAUCCCCAGACAGUGUUUGUCAGUAAUUUACUUUUCACAGUUGACGAAGAACAGCUAAAAAGUACAUUUUCACCUGUGAGUAAUUUUGUUGUUUGCAAAUUUUUCUGUCGAUCGCACGAGUAAAACCUUUUAUUUCUUGGUCUUGCUAAAGUUAGGAGAGAUUGAAGAAAUACGUUUGGUUAAAAAUCUACAAGGAACAUCAAGGGGAUAUGCCUAUGUUCAGUUCAAAAAUGAGGUAAAUUUAUGUUCAGGGUGGAGUAAUUCAAGCAGUGGUGUAGAAGAGGCGGGACGGGAACUGGCUUCUUCCCUCAGGAAGGCUAUUGGGGGGCUUCUCUUCCUUUUUACAAGAAUGCUUGUACAUUUAAAAACGAUAAUUUAUUAAACUUACCUGAUUAAACUGAGGUAAAUUAUAUUUCAUUGUGUUAGAUUUACGAAAGGACUAUAUUUAAAAUAUACACAACGUUCGAAUAGUUUCCUGACUUAAUAAAUAGCGCGGGCGCACCCAUGUACUGUUUUGGUUUCAGAUGUUGAGUAAACUAAUGUAAACUGCGUGAUCCAAUUUCAGUGGAACCGAAAAUUAGUAUAACUAAUUUUGGCCGCAUUUUACAUCAUAUAAAACUUUAAAAAUCUUAUGUUUUCACAGAUGUGUUGAAGAUUACGACUUAGAGAUAUACCGACUUAAUUAGGGAUUUGAAUACCUUGGGCUUGAAAAAGUCAUAUGGUACCAGCAAAAGGCUUAAGUACGCAAGAGUACCACGUACCUACGUGGAACGAACACCACGGUCAAACGUCCGCACGUAUUCACUGCUUGUAUUGAAAAGACUGGAAAUAGUAUUGUCUUCACGAAGCUCUGGCAAAAAGUUUAAAGAAAAUUACGAGUGUUUAAACUCAGUAUAACUUUUUCUUGACAAAAGGGAAAAGCUGUGAAAUUCGUUACCUUAUAGCUUCAUCCGUUUCCUUAUAGUAAACGCUUUUCUUUUCCCGUAUUUACUCCGAUUAUUUUGACAGACACUUUCCCGCCUUUUCCGUAUACUCGCGCAUGCGUUUUACGUUUGACCGCGGCGUUCAUGGAACGUGGCUGAAAAAAGAACCGUGGGUGGAUAACCGUUCCCUGGAUGUAAACAGAAAUCGUGUAUUGAUUUUCUAGAGUUCCGUUUCUGCUGCUCUCGCGAUUGAUCGACAGGAGCUGCGUGGCAGACCAAUGUACGUGUCUCGAUGUGUUGAUAAAACUCGCAAUCCAACAACAUUCAAGGUAAGAUCACUGAGCUCUAUAUAUACAGUAUAAAUCUGGAGCGAGAACUCGAGUCUCCAAAAAGUGUAGCCAAGAUGGCGGAAAUUGAAGAGCAAAUGUUUGUGUCAUCUGUGCUGCCGUAAUUGACAUAGAAUAUCAUUCUCAUGCAUGAGCAUUUAUGACAAAAAUUACAAAAAAAAAGAACCCAACCUACCCAGGGCUUUCAAAACAAGCCAACGGCCACCGGAGCUUUAUUAUUUAUUAUUUAUGAGGUUUACUGCCGGCUAUACUUUCUUUAUGAGAUUUACAAUCCGGCAACUAUCAUCUCAUAGAAACCUCGAGCUCGUAAUUUAAUUAGCCAUUUCGAAGUUGAUGAGAGGACUGGGGACGAGUGUUAAAAAGUGCCCAAAUUAAGAAAUGAACCAAAUCACUAAAAAGACCACCUCAAAAUUAGUAAGUAUACAAAGUUUGAAGACGUUUACAUGAAUCCUUCCAAUAAUAAGCUUUCGAAAUGAAUUGUGAAAUUACUGAUCAAAAAACUGUUUUUGGGACGCGCGUCCCUAAAAACAAAAAUUACAGUACAUUUCAUAGUAAAUAUCGCGAUUUUCGAAAGCUUAUUAUUCGAACGGUAUUCAUGUAAACAUCUUCAAACUUUGUAUACUUACUAAUUUUGAGGUGGUCUUUUUAGUGAUUUGGUUCAUUUCUUAAUUUGGGCACUUUUUAACACUCGUCCCCAGUCCACUCAUCAACUUUGGAAUGGCUAAUUGUUAAUUAGACCAUAGACCCUCUGGCAUGAAUCGAACUUGCGGUCCUGAUCAGGUCUAAUAAGUACUGUAGAAUAUUAAAAAAUUACCCUCAAAAUUUCCAUCUACAAAUGAAUUAUAUCGAGUGAGUUGCCCAAAAUCCUAACUGAUAUAUGUUUCCCAUUUUACUCCAAGUUUCCAACUACGCUUGACAAAUGCACAGUUUUUGUGACCAACCUUCCGUUCGAGAUCAAGAGCGCGGACAUUGAAGACGUAUUCAAAGUGGUAAGUUUCUGUUAAAAAAAUCUCAAGAAUAAAAUCUUAUCAAAGCAGUGGUAUAAUUAUGCUAAGGUUUGCUAAGCAAACUCUGACUUGCGCUGCCUCUUACUGUAUAUUCUUGACUUGCAAUCAAUCCCUUGAGAAUUAGAAGACAAUGGCACGGCGGCCAUAUUGGUACCAAAUUCAAAAGAAAUUAAUGAGAUUCUUUUGUUGAAAAGGGACCAACAUGACCGUCGCCCACAUCAUUGCAAGUCAAGAAUAUACAGGGUGUCUAAAAAAAAACGCAAUGGAAAUUCAACAGGCUGUUCUGCAUCAUAAACUUUGCUAAACAAUUCAAUUUUUACAUAGGACGAAAGAGCUGUUAGCUUUUCUAUGAUACCUUUUUUAAAUCGUAACGAUGAGAAAUGGCCACAUACUCGUCAAAUAGAAAUUGCCGGUCGAAAUCAAAUUCUUCCACCGUUGGGAAUUGAAAAUACAUUAAUUAUGCAAAGUUAAUCAAUCUAAAAGCAAUGCGAGUUUGCUGUAAGCUAUUUGUUUUGUAAAACGUUUUGAUUACGAAUGUUCUCUGUUCAGUGGUUAAUUGAGCCUUGUUUAAUGGACGUUCUUAUUGUCUCACUUAGACGAAGAUUGACGAGUUGAGCUCAUUUUAGAUAAUUUAACAUUCAAUUUUAAUUCCUUCUUGGGAAUUGAUGUAUACAAUUAUCCGGAUCGGGCACAUAGUUGUUAGCCAGCCCAAUCAUCCUGAAAUCAUACAUAUAGAGGGCAAAAUUACUCGAAUGUGAUUGGUUAAUGAUGAGGGCAUUAAAUCAGAGCAGAAUUACUUGUACCUGACUGGCUGCAUGAGACGCAAUAGGUUGGAGUAAUUAAGAAAUGAGCAGCAUUUAAGGAACAUCGGUGAAGACAUGGAGACAUAUACGAAGUUCAAGAACUUGACAAGUUCACAAUUAACUUACGAAUAAAUUUUUCCCUCUAUGAUUAACAAGUACUGUAGUAAUCGCAUAGUUCCUCGUAAAAUUAAGGUUUAAUUUCACUUGUGUUUUCAAAGAUUCACAAAUUGUGAAAUUUUGAAAACACAAGUGAAAUUAAACCUUAUAAUUUCACUCGGCCCCAUGCCAUUACCUAUACAAAUCUUAAUUCAACUAACUUUUGAAGUUUUGAACUUGGAGUUAGACCGAUGGAGGUAGCGUCGCCCAAUGGCGCCCUAACUUCUGCGGCCAUGAAAAAAAGAUAUAUGUUACAGUGCUAAAAACAGUGUGUUCAUGUCUUUCAGCAUGGCAAGGUGAAAGAAGUUCGACUGGUCACAAACCGGUCUGGCAAGUCAAAAGGUUACGCUUAUAUUGAAUACGAAGAUGAG